AAACUAACUUUACCUAAAAUCUCGACUGAUUUCCUUUACGUACCAGGGUCGCGCGUGGUUUGUGAAUGUUUGUGAAAAUAUUUACUUUUUAAAAGAGUGUCUAUGGAGUUUCUUGCCGGCUCUUCUCCAUGAGACCAACUUUUUGGAACCGUGCAAUUAAUGUGACGUUUCAUAAGAGCCUACAAAGGCCUAUUUGAAAUAAAAACAAUUUGAUUUCGGUUACUUCAGAAUAUAAUAGAAUCAUGUAAUCAUAAUCAAUGGAAGAAACAUCAUAUGCAAACGUAGAAUCGAGCAGGAUUUUCGCGUUUGCAUUGCAAAAUAUAAACUUAAUAAUUUUAUUAAAGAUCUAAAUCAGAAUGAAAUCAUCAGAAAUGUAUUGAAUCCACACUUAGGUACAGAUGUGUGAGUGUGAGCUCUUUGUAAAGCCCCCAGUACACAUUGGCCCAAGCGUGGCCAAUACACGCCAUCACCAAUGUGUACACGGGGUAUUGGUGCAUGUUAGCGGACAUUUGUCAAGGUUGGCGCGCAUUCGGCGAGUUGUCGGUUUUUUGGACACACAUCAAAGGAAUCGUGGCCCAGCUUGGCGUGUGGUGUUUACACAUUUGGCCAAUGUUUAGUUCGUCACCGACCGCUGCGGAAAGUACACUUUUGUGUUGCGUGUAAAAAUAAAUGUAGUAGUGUAGAAUAAUAUAUAUAUAUAUAUAUAUAUAUAUAGUAGUGUAGUAUAAUAUAAAUAUAUGUAGUAGUGAACAAAUAAAUAGCCGCGGCCUUAAUUACUUCGACGUCCAUCGCAAGUGGUUUGUCAGGCAGCAAUGUGCCAUGCGCCAAUGUGUAAACACCAUUUGAUCGUGGCCUACAUUUGUGCAUUGCAAAGCUUGGCCCAACACAGGCCAAUGUAUACUGGGGGCUUAUGUCAGUUCAUAUAACUAAGAAAGCUACGCUCGGAAAUAAAACUGUCUCUUCUAAAAACAGUAGUUCUUUGAAAGCGAUGUUCUUUGUUGCUCUGUGACAAUAAUUUAUAAACAGUCACCUUCACGUUAUAAAUUAAUAAAGGAUGCAAUAAAACCUUAUUUGUUUGACUUCACAAUUACCUUUUUAUUUUAUUUUUACCAUACUGGUAUAUUCUGGAACAAGAGAAACAUUUUAAAACAAAGACUAUCGGAUUGACUAGGUAAAUGGUUUGAGGAGGUCACAUAAGUAGGCAGGCCAUCUGACACUAGUACUCAAUUGCAUCCAGUUACGACUUCCGACCCCAACACAGUUGGGAAAAGGCUAGGCAAAUGAUAAUUCGAGUCCUGUACGUCAAUGAAAUAUGUGAUACUUACCUACAUCGAUAUUGCACCUUGCGAAUAUCAUACCAAUUUUGAAUCCAUUAAAAAACCAUACCGACAAAUAACAUGUAUUUAUAUGAUAACUAUCUCAAUAACAUAACUCACAAACUGUAUAUUUUCAUAUAAUUUCCGAAAUCAAUUUACAUGAAUGACUCAAUUAUUUAAUUUCAGGUACGUACUCGUAGAUUAUUCUGGAAGCACCAAGAAUUUUUAUAAUAAUAGUUUAGUAAUCGGUUUAGUAAUAUAGUUUAAUCGGAUUUUUAUUGAAAAUCCGCAAUAUUUUUUUAUUUAAUUAAUUUGUUUGCAUACCACUUCCACCUUAGGCACCUAAUUGAUACAGUGUUUCUCAGAAAAUAUAAAAGCUACCUAUAGAAAAAAGAGUAAAUACUUAACUUCCAUAUUGCUAGCUAGUGUUCAAGCCUUUUCCUUCAUUCGACUCCUGCGCAGCUUCAAUUGUCCUCAAUUAACUUCAAAAUUACAUACAAAUUACAAUGCUUAUAAACCAUAAAAUAAGUUUUCGAUAAACAGAACAAUUUGUGUAAAUAUAAAAGUGUUUGAUAUCAAUCUUCUUUACAUAGUGUACCUAUUUAACUGAUCGGUAUGGCUGAAAAUACAGUAGUGCAGUGUCUUUUAUUUUCUUUAUUUUUUACACAUGGUGUGUUGGAAAAGAUAACUUACAUCAGCGUAGAGCACCCGAGGAUCACGUAUUUCAACCCUGACUUCAUAUACUAUGCUAACCUGACAGCCACCAGGUAUGGCCGCAAGAAUCCCAUCUAUUACGUCGCGCUUAACCUGCAUACCGUCACACCCUUCAAUAGCAGUAUUUAUGUAGACAUGUAUUUCUACGAGCUGCUAACUAACCAGUAUAAGCGCAGUUUCAUAGAGUUCCACUUCGACUGGUGCUACCUCGUCGAGAAGGAUAUGUUCUUCGGGUCUUCUAUGAGGAAAGGGGGCCUCGAUAUACCUUGUCCACAUAUGGGUCCAUUACGCAUGUCGAACAUGACUAUCAACCCUUCAGUGAUCCCCAAAGGCUUCCCGUUCACCAGAGGCAGGAUAUACGCAAACCUUUCACACCCGAAGACCAAGACUAGAGUGGGGGAUGCUUACAUCGAUAUGAGACUCACGACUAUUGAUAUUAAAGAUCCUAAGAAUAUGUUUAAAUAAUUUAAGGUUAUUUGUUAAGUGGACGGGCAUCACACACUUGGGUCUUAGGGCAAUGCAAGGGAUAAUAUGACUCUUCUUCAUUUUUAAGCUGUGUGUGUCCAUCUCAUAAAAUGUAUAAUCAAGAAUAAGAGGAUGUGCUUAAAUAAUUUAUGUUUUUUUGAAAGUGGAGAAGGGCACACACGGGCAGCACGUGGAUUGUUUCAAGACGCGGGGCCCUGUGGGUCGUUUAUACCUCUAAUUUGUAUAAUGAACACAUAUAGGUACUUUUCAAUAUGAAUGUACAUCGAGCAUUACUGUGUCAUCCACUGUGGAGUUAAGAUGUAUUUCAAUAACUUGCUUACAAGAUAGGAUUUCAAGGAAUUGAGAGGAACUUUGGGAAUUGAGAACCUCCUCUAUUUUGGAAAGUUGGUUAAAAACUAAAAUAAAUAUCCGAGGCUAUUGACAACCGAUUUUAGCGUUUAGAGAGUAAGCUUUAUUAUUUAAUUCUGUUUUUAUUAACAAAAUAAAAUGUCAUAUGUA